AUGACGAGCUAUCCAAUAGCAGCCUCCUCCACCCCUCCGCCCUACGCUGCCUCAAGCACAUCAAUCCACUUGGGCCAAACGCGUUCGCGAACGCUCCUCUUCCUCUCAUACCGAGACUCAGCCGGUCCUUCCACCUCUCGUUCUGGCAACCCCUCUUCCUCUUCAUCCAACGUGUAUUUCCAAGCUCCAUACACCGAUGACGAUGAUCCUCUCCACUCAUCCUCCAUGGACACUCACUCUGAUGUCGAAACGCUUCUCCCCUCUACUUGUCGUCGUUCUCGCGAGGGUCAUAUAUCACUCCCUCUCGACCCACCCUCGGAAUUGGCGCCGAAAUGGAUGGAGGUGUCAGACAGCGUCGAUUCGAUCCUCACCACCAUCCGACCUCGUAUGGACCGCCUUUCGCGCUUGCAUGAAAAACACUUGCGGCCAGGAUUUGCAGAUAAAUCGUCGGAAGAAAAGCAGAUUGAAGCACUAGCUUUAGAGAUUACCAAGGACUUUCGACGGUGUUCUCGCCUCGUAGCCGGCCUGGCAUCGUUUAGCCAGAAGCUAAUAAGAGAAGCGAAGAAAAAUCAGAGCCAUGUAACAGUACGACAGAUAGCUCUGGCACAAAACGUUCAAACAGCACUAGCAACGCGAGUACAAGACCUCUCUGGAGCUUUUCGCAAACAACAAUCCCUAUACCUAAAAAGAAUGAAAGGUAUGCAAGUACGAGAUCGAGACAUACGUGCUGCUCGUGGCCUCGCACCUCCCACAACCACCUCCAACAUCACCUCGCUCUCCUUCAAAGAUUCGGAAUGGGCAGUGAGAGAAGACAUACAACUCGCCACACUCUCCUCAACCUCCAAGUCGACAUUGGAAAACACAAAGCUUUUAACAAUCCAACAGGAACCAUCACAUCCAGAUCUAGCAAUUCAAUAUCGAACACAGGAAAUAGUUCAAAUAGCAAAAAGCAUCCAGGAUCUAGCAACCCUCUUCUCAGACCUCCAAACUCUCGUCAUCGACCAGGGUACUCUGAUGGACAGAAUCGACUACAACGUAGAGUUGAUCAGCACAGAGUUGAAAGGCGCCGUCGACGAGUUGCACGUUGCCACCAGCUACCAGAGAAGCAGUGCAAGGAGACAGUGUAUUUUGUUCUUGGUGCUGUGUAUUGCUGUGCUGGUGGCGAUUAUUGUUGUUAAGCCUUUUUGGAGGUUCUUGACUUCAGCGUCCGGGUCGGUGGGAGGAGACAAGGCGAAAACGGGGUAG